AUGUCGGAACUUAAUGAGGAGCUGGCAAAAUGGUAUGAGGAAUUUCAAAAGCUGCCGCCUGAUUGUCACCUACUGUGUCCGAAAGUCGACUCCAAUGAUCACGAGGAUUACAAAAGGCUCGACGACGACCCGGACUCGACAAUUACUAUAGAGGAAAAGAAGCAACGUAUCGAGAACGGUAAUUGCCGCAUCGAGAUCACCUAUUGGAACAGCCUAAUUUUUGGCUUUGAUAAAAGUGAUGCCGGAAAAUGGCUCGAAGAGUUUAAGGACAGACUUGAAGAUGGCCUUAAAAACUGCUCCGAAUGUGUUCUCAAUUGGCACAUGGAACGGCAGGUCUAUCUCCAAAAAUUUUCCGAAAAGUGGAACGAACAGGUUAUCGAACACAUCGAACAAAUGCUGGAUCGAAUCGACGUCGCAAGAAUUACAUGCAACCUCACCUGGGCCAAGGAAUACAUUGGCAAGAUUGAAGACAGUGGCGCAGUCUUCAAAAAGACCCAAUUUGGGCAACAUUUGUCGGUAGUUCUCAUUGCUGUUUACGAAGCACUCUGCUGCAUGCCAUAUAUGAGGAAUCCCGAUCAACGCACACUCUUUCAGUACGUGUUUAUGCGACUACAGGGCAAAAACUACCUCAAGCUGGGGACUAAAAAUCCGCUUCCUGGCAUGACUUUCUUCUUGUUUGACCAAAAAAAUGAUGAUCGACGGCGAUGGGCACAAGAGAAUUGGAAAUUCAUCGACUCAAAGUCAAUGACGGAGGCCCAAUUUGAUUGGGCGGUAAGCGAUGGAUUGACCAACGCCAUAGAUGAUAUCGCUAGGAUCCAGGUUACACCCUCCCUGUCGAGUGAAGAGCGAUUGGUGAUUGAGCGUUUCUGGGAAGGAUUUGAGAUUAUUUUGACUAAGCUGCCAGAGAACUUGAGCCACAGCCGUUUGCGCAGUCUGGAGUUGCGCCAAGGCUCCAGUAUUUACGACUUGCUGUUCCGUCACAUCCAGAGCUGUUUCUCCGAAGGGAUACUGGUUGUUGCGAUUCGCGUACUGACCAUUUUCUUGAAGGAUUACUCCAAAGCCUUAUGGGACGUGGUCGGUGAUGCCCGGCCCAACGUAAUUGCUGAUCUAAUCUUUGCGAGCCCCGUGUACCAUACUCUGCUCCGUCAAUCUCUGGAUGAUUGUUGGAGUGGGUUCAGCAUGGAUUCGGAUGUUGUGCCCUUUCCGACAUCUUGGAUUCAGCCCUGGCUGAUGUCCUUGAAUCGGGAUCGUAGGUAUGACGCCUGUGAGGUUAUUAUGCAUACGUUGUUUGAGACGUUGGCAAAGGACCCAUCUAUUGGGGAACCUGGGCAAUCCGCGUGUAUUCGCGCUGGGUUUGAUGCCAUGAACUUCACCAUGAAAACCUUCUUGGAUCCGAAUACUCAGAUUGCAUCCGGCACGACUCAUCUAUACGCGGGCGGCGCCUUUAACCUCAUCGUAAAGUACAAAGAUGUCAUAUUGGGAAAUCUGCGGCCACCGCGUGAAUCUCGCGAAGGUUGGACAACAUUCAAAGUCUCUGACGCCGCCAUGUCCGUUAUACAGGCUGCCAUGAGAUUAGACAUGAAAAUGUUUUCAGAGGAGUUCCAAGCCAUUCACAACAACAAGCAACUUCAAUCGGCAAUAAUUCGGAAAUCACAAGUGUUUUGGGAAGGCAUUGUAGAAUUAUUUGAUUCCUCAGGGGAUCAAGUGACAUUGGCGAAGGACGUCCUGGUGUCCCUUGCUUCUCUGAUUUCGGUGGAACAGAUUCGGCCGCGCAAGACCGUCAACAAACUGAAUGAGUCCAGUGAACGAUUCAACGCAUCCCUCAACACCAUCGCUGAUGUGUUGGCAAGGAUUUUGGGUCGAAUCUCUGAGGUGGAUGCGACUGACCUGAAUCUCCUAUUUGCAGACCGUUUACCAUUCCAAGUUAUCGUCGGACUGUCUGUUCACGACAAUUCUGACCUGGCUGAAGGAUCAGCCGAGAUUCUCAAAAGCUGGACAGGUGAAUUAUCGCGAAGCGGCGCUUUAGAACACAUGUCUCAACUACACCCGGAGCAAACCCUCUCUUCCAUCGUUUGGACGCUGGAGAAAAUAUUGCGGCCGCCGUUUCCUUGGGGGCCUAUCCGACCAUUACUCAAUAUGAGCAGGGAUGUUCUCAGAGGACUCUCCGACCCAACAUCGGGAGUUCUCAGAACUAAGACGCUAAACUCAAAGUCCGCUGCUGUAGUGCUGCGUUGGUGGAAUGAGCAGUGGCGAUUCGUUUCGAAGUCUUGUCUCAACAUAGAAUCCUGGUCAUUUUGUAUUCCAAAUGCCAUCAUGACUGAGUUCUGCCGAGAAAUCAUGGAGCUGGCGGAGGCUCUUAUUGCAGAAGAUGGCCUGCUCACCUCGGCCACCGCUUUGGGCAAGAGCGAACAAGAUGUGAUGCCGAUCAUUCUUGGGCCGGCCAAGGACAACUUCAGGGGGAUGGAGAACAUGAUUCGGCUGAAGGAUAGAUGGUUGGUUGAUGUGACAGUUCGCGUUCUCUGCAAGAUCUUGACACGGCUGAGGGAAAACAAACUGGAAAUUAAUGAAGCAUCCCGAAAACUCAUCACAGACGCCUGCAUCCCUACUGGAACCACCGGAAAGUAUCUUCGCUCUACAAAUUUGAACGACCAGCAACGUGCCGAAUUGCUCCAAGCUCUGGGCCAUGAUGAAGAGGUUCAGACAAUUCAAGUGAGACCAGCUACUAGCAUUGCAGAUCGGACGACAACUUUGAACAAAGAAAAGUUGAAAAAGCAGAGCAAGCUAGAUGCUUGGUCCAUGUCAGCACCGCCUGGGACUUCUCCUUCAGAUUCAUCGAAGCCGAGAAGAACGAAUAGGGACGAUGUAUUGGAUCUCAGUAGGUCUGCAGAUAGUCCAAUUCUGAAACACCUCGCAGCACAGCAAGCAAGGGCUAAAGCCAAGGGGCCCGACAUGAAGGCGAUUUCGGCAUUAAAGGAGAGCAGGCAGAGAGAAAAGGCGGAGAAGGCCAAGAGAGACGCUGAAGCCAUUGCGAGGGCGAAGAAGAUUCGCGGAGAAACCAUUCCAAGCGAGGGGUCUGGAAUCCACAGCAUGGGGCUAGCAGGCAGAAGUGAGAUCAUGGUCAACAGCUCUGAUGAGGAAUCAGACGAUGAUAGCGCCGACUCUGAUUCUGAUGGACAGCUUGCAAGUCUGAGUACGGGUGGUCAGAAAGGUCUUGACGAGCACGAGAAACGUCGGCAGCAGGCUUUGCGAGAUCGACUUCGUAGACCAGUCAAGAAGAUACGGCAACAGCGUUCAGUAAAGGAAAUGAGAGCGCGAUUGAUCCCUCCAAUGGACAGACUUCAUAACACUAUUCUGGCAUGGGAUAUUUUCCACCAAGGCAACGACCCACCUAAUGGGCCAACUGCCUCCGAGGUUGCAACCAAGUAUCCGGACCCCAGAUCAUAUCAGGGAACUUUCUUUCCUUUGCUGGCUUCUGAAGCUUGGCGGUCAUUUGUCACGGCAAAGGAUGAGAUAACAGCUCAACCUUUCGGCAUGAAGCUGGCGAGCAGAGCAAGCGUGGAUAGUUAUCUGGAAGUGGCAUUCACACUACCAGUUGUUCAAAAUCGUGACAGAGGCGUAUCAGAGGGAGAUAUUCUGUUGGUAUCUGAAGCCCAAGAUCCACUCAGCACCCCGGCUUCAAGACACUGUCUCGCCAGAGUGCAUCGAAUCACCUACAAAAAGGACCUCAUUGAAAUCACCUAUCGAGUGGCAUCGCGAAAUAACCCCCUUUCGACCUUGUUAAUGCCCGGCUCCACUGUUCACGGGGUCAAGAUUACAAAUAUGACAACGAUCGAACGAGAAUAUGCAGCACUAGAAAGUCUACAGUAUUACGACCUCAUGGAUGAAAUAUUGAAAGCUGAACCGUCACCGAUUCUUCGAUACGGUGACGAGAAGAUUUCAAAUGCCAUGCAAAACUGGACUCUUAAUCACGGUCAAGCGGUAGCAGUUCUUGGGGCUCAGGACAAUGACGGGUUCACGCUUAUUCAAGGACCACCUGGAACAGGCAAGACGAAGACGAUUACCGCAAUGGUUGGUUCCCUUUUGUCAGAACAGCUUGCCCAGGUGUCGAAUGGUGUCCCUGUCGGCGCUCCACUGCGACCUUUGGCUAGUUCUGUACCCAUAACCCAGGGUCGGUCUAAGAAACUUCUAGUUUGUGCUCCCAGUAACGCGGCUGUUGACGAAUUAGUCCUUCGUCUCAAGAACGGCGUUAAGACAGCUACUGGGAAGACAAAGCCUAUCAAUGUGCUUCGACUUGGUAGAAGUGAUGCUAUCAAUGCUGCCGUGAAGGACGUUACCCUCGACGAGCUGGUCCGGGUUCGGAUGGAAGGCGAUAAUACCAAGGACAAGGCCAAGGCGGAGAGAGACAAACUCCACGAAGAUGCGGCCAAGAUCAAGGAAGAGCUUACGGAAAUCAGACAACUUCUUGACGAGGCACGAGCUCAGGACAACCGCAUUACACAGAAUACCCUGUCCAGAAAAUUUGAUGAACUCAAACGGCAGCAAAUGAAUAUCGGCAAACAGAUCGAUGCAAACAAAGAUAGUGGCAAUUCUCUGGCACGAGAGAUGGAAAUGCGUCGAAGACAAGUUCAGCAGGAAAUUCUGAACUCAGCGCAUGUGCUUUGUGCAACGCUCAGUGGAAGUGGCCAUGAAAUGUUUCGCAACUUGGAUGUUGAGUUUGAAACCGUCAUCAUUGAUGAGGCUGCCCAGUGUGUUGAACUCAGCGCUCUGAUUCCACUCAAGUACGGAUGCUGUAAGUGCAUUCUGGUUGGUGAUCCCAAGCAGCUUCCCCCGACUGUCUUGUCCCAGUCUGCCGCAAGGUUUGGCUACGAUCAAAGUUUGUUUGUGAGAAUGCAGCAGAACCAUCCCAAGUCGGUUCAUCUACUCGAUAUGCAGUAUCGAAUGCAUCCAGAAAUUAGCAGGUUUCCGAGCAAAGAGUUUUACGAAGGUCAACUCCAAGACGGGCAGGAUAUGAUGCAACUGCGACAACAACCCUGGCACCAGAGCACUCUCCUCGGCCCUUACCGAUUUUUCGAUGUGGAGGGUGUACAGUCGAAAGGUAGAAAGGGUCAGUCAUUGGUCAACACCAGAGAAUUGGAUGUGGCCAUGGAAAUCUACGACCGUUUCAGGAGAGAGUACAAGCAGUGUGAUCUAACCGGCAAGAUUGGUAUCAUUACACCUUACAAGGCCCAGUUGUUUGAGCUACGCAACCGCUUUACCAGCCGAUAUGGCGAUAACAUUACCGACAUCAUCGAGUUCAAUACGACGGAUGCUUUCCAAGGUCGCGAAUGCGAAAUUAUCAUCUUUUCUUGUGUGCGAGCGAGCUCCACGGGAGGCAUUGGUUUCAUGACGGAUAUUCGUCGUAUGAACGUUGGUUUGACACGCGCUAAAUCCUCACUAUGGAUUUUGGGAGAUUCCAGAGCACUAGUUCAGGGUGAGUUUUGGAAGAAGCUGAUUGAAGACGCCAAAUCCAGAGACCGCUACACCAAGGGCGAUAUACUCCGAAUGUUUCGGCAGCCUUUGGAAAAGGCAAACCCUUCGACAUACGCCACCCCUCGAGUGGAUUUUCCCCAGGAUAUUGAGAUGUCAGACGUCCCGCCGGCAAACGCUGCAAUGAGUGAUAUGGAUACCACAUUGGGGUCAUUCACGCCAAAUCGAAACGCAACAGCCUCUCCAGCCCUCAGCGAUGGAGCUAGAUCUCGGCAGAGCCUAGAUCUCGGCCCACCGAAUGUUGUUCCACGCGGAGCUGGUCCUCCCGUUAUUCAUACCUCCGAAUCACAAGCUGCUGAAACAAAAAAGCGAGCACUCGACGGACCAGAGUCGGCGCAGCAGGCGGCGAAGAGAAUUGCCAGCACGCAACGAGGCGGUCUGAUGGGCAAGUUCGGACAGAAGCCCAUCAAACAGACUCGACCGCCUGUACCCAAAGACCCUUCAGCAAUGUCGGUCCUUGGAAUGGUUCCCCCAGAGCGGCCCCCCGCGCAGCCGUCGACGAACUCGAUGGUGACAGCGAUGAAUCAAGCACCGAGUGGAUCGAUGUCGACUGCGGGUCAAUCUAGCAACUCAAUGGCUUCCUCAAAGGCUAUGAACAAGCCUAUACCGACGGGGCCUCGAAAGAAGGCAAAACCAAGCCUGUUUAUGCCCAAAAAGCGGUAA